AUAUUUUUUAAGCUAACAAAUAGUCUGGUUUAACAUGUUGGAGAUGCUAGAGUACAGUCACUACCAGGUGCAAACCCACCUGGAGAGCCCCUCCAAGUACCACAUCCAGCAGACCCAGAGGCAGCAGGUGAAGCAUUACCUGUCCAGUGCACUGGGAGCCAAGCUAAGCCCACAGGCCAGCACAGGGCCCGGCCCCAGCCAGCCCACGGAGCACGGCAUGCCCCCUGUACCAGGAGCCAGCGCUCCUAAUAGCCCUAUGGCACUUCUCACCCUCAACUGUGAGAAAGAGAUGGACGAUGUAAUUGAAGACAUCAUAAGUUUGGAAUCAAGCUACAAUGAUGACAUUCUAGGAUUCAUGGAUGCAGGACUUAAAAUGACUAAUAUGAUUCCAGUUUCUGCAAACCUGUUGGACAUGUACAACAAUCAUGCUCUUCCUCCAGCUGGGGUUACCAUUAACAACUCCUGCCCAUCUAACCUACCGGCCGUCAAAAGGGAAUUAUCUGUUACCCCAGCACCUGGCAUGAUGCACAUGAUGGACAAGCCUGGAUCAUGUGGCAAGUUUGACACUUAUCAAAGGCCUGAAGGCUUUCCAGUAGACUUAUGA